AUGCUCUACAGCACCCUUUUCUUCGCCUUCCUCGUCGGAGGAGCGGUAGCUUCCCCUACAAACCCGAACACCAACUGCCCCAAUGGCGUCUGCGGAGGCGUCUGCGGCGAUAGCAUCGUCCAGGCCCCCAACGAACAGUGCGACCUCGGCCCCAAGCUGAACGGCGCCCCCAACAGCGGGUGCAGCGCCGACUGCCAGAUCGUCCCCGUCUGCGGUAACGGCAAGGUCGACUCGGGCGAGGAGUGCGACGCCGGCCACGACAACGGCAAGCCCGGCUCCGGCUGCUCGGCCGAAUGCAAGUGCCUCCCUGUGUGCGGCAACGGCAAGGUCGAGGACGGCGAGGAGUGUGAUCUCGGCCACGACAAUGGCAAGCCUGGGUCGGGGUGCUCUGCCGAGUGUAAAAAGGCCCCUGUUUGCGGUAACGGCCAGGUUGAGGCCGGCGAAGAAUGUGAUGCCGGCCACGACAAUGGCCAGCCCGGCUCUGGUUGUUCUGCCGACUGCAAAUGCGUUCCCGUCUGCGGCAACGGCAAGACUGAGGCUGGUGAGGAGUGUGACCUGGGACACGACAACGGCAAGGCGAACUCGGGCUGCUCCGCCGAGUGUAAGAAGACGCCUGUCUGUGGCAACGGCCAGCUCGAGAAUGGAGAGGAGUGCGACGAGGGCGGCAACAACGGCCAGGCUGGCGCCACCUGCUCCAAGGAAUGCAAGAAGGUCGCCGUCUGCGGCAACGGCAAGCUUGAGCCCGGCGAGGAGUGCGACCUGGGCCAUGACAACGGCAAGACAAAUUCGGGAUGCACCAACGACUGCAAGACGUGUCCGGACUGCAAGACAGCUCCCAUCUGCAUCUGCGGAAACGGCCGUGUCGAGGAGGGCGAGGAGUGCGACCUCGGCGACGCCAACGGCAAGCCCAACUCGGGAUGUUCCAAGGACUGCAAGACCAACCCCAUCUGCGGCAACGGCCAGGUCGAGCACGGCGAGGAGUGUGACGCGGGCCCGCGCAAUGGCGCCUACAACAGCGGGUGCGCGACCGACUGCACCAUCUGCGGCUACUGCGGCGACGGCAUUGUCGACCACCCGCAGGAAGAGUGCGACCUGGGGUGGCAGCUCAACGGCACGCCCGGCGUGGACUGCUCGGCCAACUGCACCACCAACACGGCCCCCUGCGGCGAGUGCGGCGACGGCAUCGUCCAGCCCGGCGAGCAGUGCGACGACGGCGCCGACAAGAACGGCACGCCCAACUGGCGCUGCGGCAAGGACUGCCAGUGGGCCUCGGGCGGCCCCGUCUGCGGCAACGGCAUCACCGAGUGGCCCGAGGAGUGCGACGAAGGCGCCGAGCUCAACGGCGGGCCCGCCAGCCGCUGCACCGACGCCUGCACCCUCAAGGAACCCUGCGGCCCGCCCCGCCCCCCCGUCUGCGGCAACGGCGUGGUCGAGUACCCCGACGAAGAGUGCGACGACGGCUACAUGAACGGCCAACCCGGCAGCAACUGCACCACCUCCUGCGAGCUGCGCACCUGCCACUCCGGCUGCAACGGCGACGACACGCCCGCCCCGCGGUGCGGCGACGGCAAGGUAGACGCCUCGACCGGCGAAGAAUGCGACGACGGCGAGUCCAACAACGGGCACGACUGGUCAUCUUGCGACUGGCACUGCAAGAAGAAGGCUACGACCACGCCGGGCCACUGCGCGACGUGCAACCCCAACCCCUUCUUCAACCAAUGCACCAUCACGACGUCGUGCAUCGUGGCCCCCGGCGAGCGCAACUACUGCGCCUGCCGCGCUGGCUACCGCGCCAACGGCCUGCUGCCGACCGACCAGCGGCAGUUCCGCCUGCAGUUCGAGGGCCAGGGCUACCGCGUCUUUGUUGCCCCCGGCGUCGAGUGCGAUACCCUCUGCUCGAGCCCCCAUCCGGGUCCGGACUCGUGCCAGGAGGUGCCCGUGAGGGAGGAUUGUUAG